AUGACCCUUAUUUUCCCUCAUCCUGUGAGAGUUUUCUUCAGUAGUUUCUUCGCCCUCUCUGUGAUUGGUUUGGCAUGUGCGUCAGACGAACCUUCCUUUGCCCCCAUGAUGAAUCUUACUUCCGACUCUCUCAGUCCAUCCGCAUCACCAUCAAUUGCAAUCACGGCGGCAUUGGAUCCAGAUUUCUGUGCCAACACUCCUGAAUUUUCUUUGACCGAAUGGAAUCGAUUUGAAGGGGAAUGGCAUUUGCAAACCAUGGGAUGUGAUGACAUUCUUGUAGACUGUUACGAAUUUGGAAAUCUGGGUCAAGUGAAGGACCACUGCUGCAAAUGUCGUGACAGCUGUGUGGAUCAAUGCAACGAAGCUGUAUUUACAGAGCCAAUACGGCGAGAUGAUUCUUCGAUUGAUGGAUAUGGUGGAUUUUUUUCAUUGUUUGUUCCAGUUGCAAUUCUUGUGGGAUUAUGUGUCGUCUUGGGAUUAUAUCUACUUCGGCGAAAGGAGCGUCUGAUUGCGGAGGCAAACCUAGCAACAAGGCGGCAGCAUCAGCUAGAAGGACGGGGGGCCAAUGGUCUCACCGCAGAAGAGAAUGCUAACCUCAGAUUCGAACAGUUUGUAACUCGAUUCCAUUUCCAAAUCGUAUUGCCAGACAAAUCCAAUAUUAGCGCCGAAACUAUACGUCAGGCGUCUCGUACGAAAAAAGACGAAGAGACUCCAACUGAAAAGUGUAGUUCGAAUAGUUUCGACGAGGAUGGAGAAUCAUCAGCGGAUGUUGUAAAGGAAAUCCCAACCCGGAAUAUAAUAUCGGAACAACUGGCAAGCUGGACGAAACCAGCGGCAAAGGAUGAAUGUUGUAUAUGUUUAGAGUGCUAUACUAAAGGAGAAACCAUUUGUGCUCCAGCCACAAAGCGCUGCGAUCAUGUCUUUCAUGAAUCUUGUAUAAAAGAAUGGCUUCGAGAGCAAGAUCAAUGCCCUUUAUGUCGUGUGGAUCUACUAAAAGAUUAA